AUGAGCCGAGGUGUACGCCAUUGUCUGCUGUCUUUUGGCGUGUGGCCCGCGCUUCUGAACGCUGCAGAGAAUGUCAUCUGGAAGCUACAGCUAUUCAGUGUGGCGCUGCUGCAUCUCUUCUUCUCGAGCGAUAAGCGCUGGCUCCAAACGACGCCUGAGACCACAAUAAAUGACUCCAAAGCCUUCUUCACAACGGUGCUCGUAGAGCCACAAUCUGCUGUAGUGAUCAAAAUCAAGCGCAUCUUGUUCAUACGACACGCUGAGUCCGAGUGGAAUGUCGUCUUUAAUCGCGGUUUUAAUUUAAAGGCAAUCUCAAAUCUCCUUCAUGCUGUAGUGCGGGAGUGGCUACUGCUACCCACGAGUGACUCAGUCUUCUUGGACUCACCGCUUAGUUCUUGUGGUCAUCUCCAGGCCCAAAGUCUGCACGACCGCGUAUGCGAAGCUCUGCAAUGCUCAGUGGACGUCAAUGGGCACACAACAAGUGAGCCGCUUGCAAGUUCACGUGUAGAUUGCCAUUCUCUACAUCAGACAGAGAAAGCCUCACUUCUUCGUUAUCUUGGCUGUCCAGUUCCUGAAAGUGUCAUUGUCACGUCCAAUUUACGACGUUCCAUCGAUACAGCUCGCAUCGUGUCUGCAUCAAGACUGCUAGCACCAGGCGAGAGGAUUCAUGUCCUCUCGUGUUUGCAAGAGAUCGGUCGUAACUUCGACACACUAGCCAUAAGUCCGCCCCAUGCUAUCCUGCCUCCUGAGGUGAUGGUCAAAGGUCUGCAUGGUGAAAAAUGCCACGACGAGCUAUUUAACGUGACGGAAAGCUACGGUAACAAGACAAUACUAAGCAGCGGCCGAGACCGUCUCAUCGCUUUUGCUCAGUGGGUCUUUCUGCAGCAAACAGACGUGGUGGUUGUAUACGGCCAUUCACUUUGGUUUCGCGCGUUUUGUCGUGAACUUCUUCCACAAGACAUACAUCACGAGGCCAAGUCGGACAAAUUUAGUAACUGUGGUGUGGUUACCUUUCUCCUGGAAGAACACAGCGGAGAGAUGAAACAGUAUAAAAUAUCGCCGGAGAGCUUCAAGAAUCUUGUUUAA